CCGGGCAGCAGAUCUCUGCAGUCUGAUUGUCCUUAAGGAGGGAGAUCACACUUGUUAAGCGACUUACUGGCCAAAACAUCCCCUCUACAGUUUCCCUCGUCUUUGCGUAAUUUGGAAACAGAACCUCAUUAAACCAAUCCCUGCCCUGUUAUCUGGACACCAUGGCCAGCUCUGCGCUGCAGCUCCUCGGUUUCUUGAUCUCUCUGGUCGGAGUGGCCGCUAACACGGCCGCUAUCUUCAUGGUCGAGUGGAGGAAGGAGGCUCAGGGCAAAUUUCGGAUCUACGAGGGCCUGUGGAUGACCUGCAGCGGCACCGAGAGAACGACCUGCGAAAUUCACCAGUCCGUGCUGAAGCUAUCAACUGAAAUCCAGGCGACCAGGGCGGUGAUGCUGGUCAGCCUCUUCCUCUCGGCCGUGGCGGUGAUGGUCUCCACUGUGGGGAUGAAAUGCACCCGCUUCAUGGACAGCAUGCCCAGGAGCAAAUCCAUGGUGGCUCUGGCCGGAGGGAUCAUGUUCAUGGUUUCAGGCUUACUGGUCAUCGCCAUCACAUCCUGGUAUGUCAAAGUUAUUGUUCAGACCUUCAAAGAGUCUCAUCGCCUGCAGAGCCGUGAGUUCGGAAACGCCGUGUUUGUGAGCUGGGCCGGUGGUCUCCUCACUAUGAUCGGCGGCGUUUUCCUGAGCUGCCAGAGAUGCUGCGGGGGCAGAUCGUCCGAGUCGCUGACCUCCAACGAGCUGCUCCACGCCACAAAACCCAAGUCCAAUUACGUCUAGCAGCACAUCCAGGAAAAAGGCAGCGUCGCCCUGCAGAGUUGUGAAUGUAGCAGCGGUUAUAUCAGGGACAGUGUUGUGUUCUGGUUUGGCCACAGCAGCAGUUUUCUGCUUGUUUUUUAGCUGUAAGAAUGUGAAAUAUUCAGAGUGAAAAUGGUCUGGAAGUAAUUACAAGUUUGCUUUUCCAUAUGUCCACAAGAGGAGUCGUACAUAAUGGACUUUGUCAUUUUGCAUAUUUGCAACAGAUACUGAAGAAUGUUUCUUUGUUCCAGGUCGAGACGUGUUUUGAUGCUGUACUUUUGUAUUUUGCUAUCAAAACUUUUUCUCUCUCUGUUUGUGAACACAGAUUGUUUUUAUACCCUUGUUAAUUCUAUGUAAAUCUUAAUAUUAUAUUUCUUAUAAUAGGUGUAUUGGUUUGUGCACUAUGUAUAGCUUUCAGUGGAAAUGUAUAUGUAUGUAUAGA